UGGCCGGGCUCUUUUGUUCAGGGCGGCGGACGGAGCGCGGCCAGGCCCGGGCCCCCCCCGACCCCCGAGCGCGCCCCCCGCGCCCCUUCCCUCGGACACCGGCGGCGGGGCUGUGCGAGCAGCCCGGGAAAGCGGAGAAGCUGGCCAGCACAAUGGGAAAAAAGCAGAACAAGAAGAAGGUGGAGGAGGUGCUGGAGGAGGAGGAGGAGGAGUACGUGGUGGAGAAGGUCCUGGACCGGCGCGUGGUGAAGGGGAAGGUGGAAUACCUGCUCAAGUGGAAGGGAUUCAGCGACGAGGACAACACGUGGGAGCCCGAGGAGAACCUGGACUGCCCCGACCUGAUCGCGGAGUUCCUGCAGUCGCAGAAAACGGCGCACGAGAGCGACAAAUCCGAGGGCAGCAAGCGCAAGGCCGAGUCCGACAGCGAGGACAAGGGAGAGGAGAGCAAGCCAAAGAAAAAGAAGGAGGAGUCGGAGAAGCCGCGAGGCUUCGCCCGGGGCUUCGAGCCAGAGCGGAUCAUCGGCGCCACGGACUCCAGCGGGGAGCUGAUGUUCCUGAUGAAGUGGAAGAACUCUGACGAGGCCGACCUGGUGCCCGCCAAGGAGGCCAACAUCAAGUGCCCGCAGGUGGUGAUCUCGUUCUACGAGGAGAGGUUGACGUGGCACUCGUACCCCUCCGAGGACGACGACAAGAAGGAGGACAAGAACUAAACCCCGCCGGGCCCGGCCCCGCGCAGCCCUCGGGGCUCCCGGGCCGCUUUUGGGGUCACCAUCGGAACUUUGGGCUGUGAGCACACAGGGGGCUCCCCUCGGAGGAGCCCCCCGGGCUGGGCUGAGCCCGCGGCCGCUCCUCUGCUCCCAUCCCGGCCGAUCCCGCCGCGUUCCCGGGCUCUGGAGCCGGGGGGAGCCGGGCCGGGGAUCGGGGCUGGGGAGGGGUCUCGGGAGCGAAGCCCCUCCCGCGCAGGACUCAGCGGGCUGGGCUGGGGAAUGGGCCGGGAAUGGGCCGGGAAUGGCUCGGGAAUGACUCGGGAAUGGCUCGGGAAUGACUCGGGAACACAGACAGAUCCUCAGAGCCCGCCCAGCCCCGCCCCGCUAGUGUUAACUCUGCAUUUUUAAGGCGUAGCAUGUGUGUAGGUCUCUCGAUUCCUAUUUUUAUUUUCCUUUUUAUUCUCCUUUUUUUUUUGUUGUUGUUGUUCGUUUUCUCUUUUUUUUUUAUUAUUAUUAUUUUCUUUCGCUGUUUCCUGGUGUUAUCCUUCGGGAAGGGAGGGAGGGAUUUGGGGGGGAAUUCAGUCUCUUUUAAUCAAGGAGGAAAAUGAGGUCUGAUGACAUUCCCAGAUCGUUUCCAGAUUUUUUUGGUUUCGUGUUUUGUUUUUUUUUUUUAAGAACCUGAAUUUAGGGUUUUUUUUAAAAAAAAAUGAAUUCAGCAAAGAAAUUUCAGUGGAUAAAAAACC